AUGACUGAAGAUCAGCACAGCUACCAACUCCUCCAUCCACUUACACAUCCAUUGUUUAUGUUUCUUGGCCCACAAAAGGACUAUGAACUUCAGCUAAACCAUGCUGUGAAGGGUUCUAAACAGAGACCUAAUUUUACUUGUGUGGUGGAUGAUACACCAAGUGGAAAUAACAUAUUUAUGUUAUUUCCACCUAGUCUAG